CCUACUCAGUCCGACUGUUUGCAUUCGAUUCUUACCGCGAGUGCACGCUUGAUCGAUAUAGAUCGCAACACGUAACUCGUAUUCGUUUUCGUUCUCGAUAUUUUUGAUCCGGGGCCCGUAUCGGACAGUGGCGUUUUAGGGUUGGAACUUAAAAGUAGUGUGGGACUGAGUGCCUCGUUUUAUUGUGGUUUUAUAAUUUAUUCAGUGAGGACGUCUUUUUAUUUUUUUAUCCCUAGUUUAAGAGCAAAAUGGCGGACUUUUCCUUCGCCAACGCGACGGAGGAGAAUGGCUUCUCGGAGCUGGUGAGCGACCACCUGAAGGGCAUCGGCAGGAUGUUCUACCUCCACUCACCCAAAGAAACCAUGUUCGAAAGAAAGGAGGAUGUACCUAAUUUUUUUAGACAGUCAUGGCCAUACUUCUUCCUCUUCAUGAUCCUGGAACACAUAGUCCUGAGGCUAAAGGGCAUGCCAGGCAUCAGAUUAAACGAUGGUAUCACCAGUAUAUCACAUGGAAUUCUCCAGGAAUGUGGAAGGCUAGUAUGGCGUGGAGCAGAAUCCUUCGUUUACACAUGGAUAUACGCGAACUUCAGACUGGUAGACUUACCCUGGGACAGUGCGGUCACGUGGUACGCGGCAGCUCUGGGCGUGGAUUUCUGUUACUAUUGGAUGCACAGAGCUUGUCAUGAGGUCCACAUUCUAUGGGCACAGCAUCAAGUCCAUCACACGUCUGAGGACUUCAACAUGGGCGUCGGCAUCAGACAGUCUAUGCUGCAAGGAUGGUGUGGAUUUGUCUUCUACCUCCCACUGGCGCUGGUGAUUCCUCCAGCUCAAUUCGUGAUGCACCACCAGUUCAGUUACCUGUACAUGUUCUGGAUCCACACUGAGGCUAUCAAGAGUCUGGGACCUCUGGAGUACAUCCUGAACACUCCUAGCCAUCAUAGAGUGCACCAUGGCAGCAACAAGUACUGCUUAGACGUAAACUACGGCGGCGUGCUCAUCAUCUGGGAUCGUCUCUUCGGCACCUUCAGACCUGAGACCGAUAAGGUUGAGAUCGUAUACGGCCUCAUUUACAACCAGCCUUCCUUCAACCCUCUUUACUUGCAGGCGUUCUACAACAACUACGUAGUUGAGAAGUUCCGUUCAUUCGACACAUGGGAGAACAAGCUGAAGGCAGUCUUCUGGGGUCCCAGCUGGGAGCCAGGCACGGCCAGAUUGGGUGACGAGGAUAUGAAAGUUGAUGUUGAAAACAGAGAUAAGUACGACGUGCAGCUACCCGCCUGGUGCAACUGCUACCUCGUGGCUCAUUACACUAUUGUGCUCUAUGGGUUCUUCGAGCUGGCUUCCAGAUAUAUGGGCAUGACACCAAUCUCAGUGCUAAUCUUCGUCCUGUACGUGAUUGCUUCUCUCACCAUCAUCGGAAUGUUGUUCGACAACUCCAAGCACGCCCCUCUCUUGGAGGUCAUCCGCUGUUCAGCCCUCGCCUUCCUCACCAGGAGUGUGACCAUCACCAGCCCCGGCUUCGCCACAGCACUCCAAACCUUCUACGUAGCAUCAGCUAUGUUCUGGUGCCUUAACAUCCUCAAAUUCUUAGAAAUCAAGAAGACGAAGAAGGUCGAAUAAGUUUUCACGACUGAUUUUUUUUUUCGUGUUUGAUUGCCGGAAUGACGUUUGCUAUGAAAUGGUAGAUGAUGUGUGCAGGAAUUGAACUAGUGUAAUUUUUUUUAAGUCCAAGUCCUAUUUUUUCUUUGGGUUUAAAUGAUUCCUGUUUCGUCGUCUUGUAGAAUGCUUGACUUAGGAAAUGUUAGAUAAGUGCCUAAGAAUGUACAAAAAUGAACAGAUUAAGCCAAGUUUUGCCUUAGUAGUGAUAAUUCAAGGGUUUAUAUGAACAUUGUAUAGUAUAUUGUUGUAAAUUGCUUCAGCGGAAUUCUCAUUUCGCGUAUGCAUGUUAAAGGAAUUCCUGAAAUUAGUUAAGCAAAAUAAUGGCCAGAAAUUGAUGUUUUAUGCUAUGGAAUUAUUUCUUAGUUAUUUCAAUUAAAAUAGCUACAAUUUUAUUAUUCUAUUAAACUUUAAAAUUUCGUGAGAUGAAGUUUACUGCCAUUGUUUUAAUUGUUAUUUAUUUGGCAUAGUAAGGCAUACCCGAUAUAAUUAUAUCUUUAUGUCUAUACUAAAAACCUACCGCUAUUUUUGUUUUAGUAUGAAAGCAUAAUACUGUUUGGGUAGGCUGUAUCUUUUCUCUUGUACUUUUAAUUUUUUUAUCAGUGUCACUCUGAAGUAUAAAAAAACACCAUACGGUAUUAACACAAUAGAAGGUUUUUAAAUGAAAUAUAUUAUCUGAUUACGUCUUUAGCCUAAACGAAAUGUAGACACAUUUUCAUAAACUAAACAACGAAAUUAUGAUAAACCAUAAUUAGUUAAUGCAAUAAUUAUUAUAAAAUGUAAAUUAAAUACUUGACCUGUAGUCAUAUUUGUACAAUAAAAUACAUAAUAAGUUUACGUAAAGUUAAUUAUAAAAAACACACUUUAUAUUUUUACGAAAAUACACCAAAUAAAUAGAAUUUUUAAGGUAAUUAUAGCUUAAUUAAGAUAAAUAAUAUUAUAAUUAUUCUUUGAGUGUACAGCUGGAUUGUAUGAGAAUAAUUUAUAAUUGAAUGAAUUAUUUCAAGUCGCCCUAGCAUUUGUAUAGCUUAUAAAUUAUUAAUAAUUAUGUUGAUCAAAGUAAAUAUUGAUAACUUAUUUGUUACGAUUUUAUUGAAUACAACUUUUUUAGCAA